AUGGCUCACAAGACCGAUAAGUCGAAUUCUAUCCUUGACAAUGACAAUGAUGUCCGCAACAAUUCCUCGAUCAUUAAGGAGGCAGACAUGUCUUCUGGCGCCAUGGCACGUCUAGAUUCCCACGAGUUUCUCUCCACUCACACCGACACAACAUUUGGCAACAAAUUGGACGGUGAGACAAUCAAGAAGACCAACGCUGGCAGAAUCAUGACGAACCCCAAUGGAUCUGGUCGAGCGUCCACACCAGCAAAUCGUGCUUUCUCACACCCCGAGGAAGAACCGUUGUCAGAUCUAGUGCGACAGAUUAUCUUUGGAAGCGGAAUGACACCCGGUCUCGAAGCUAUGCGGAAGACACCACAAUGGUUAGCGGCGAUGGCGGAGCGCAGAAACUCGGAAACGGACAAGGAAAAUCUGGAGCAAGAGAUGAGAGACCGAGGAGCACAAUACAUUCAUCAUGCGAAUCUUCCAAUUCGCGAGUCUGGAAAGAGAUGGGCAAGCGACAGUGGAAAUCAGUCUAAAGAACACUGA